UAAGCUCCGCCAUUGAGGGAGUACGAUCCCGAGGAAAGGGUCAGAGGGAGAGAGACCGACGCUCCAUCUACACCACACGGCCUCGCGUUCCUCCUUGGAGUUAUAAUAGCGUUAAUAACCCGAGCAGGCACCGGCAACAGUCUACUGAUACUCUCGUCGCCUUCGUGUGCUUUGCAGCCGCGUGUCGCCGCCACCUACGAGGGACAAAAUUUCAAUAAGUAACGGGGGGUAAAGCGAGGGGAGCUAACGCUAGCUGGCUAGCUGCUCACAGGAGGGAGGGAGGGUGGGGUGGGGGCGGGGGGGAUUCUUGCCUACUACUCUCGUUUGAUGGAUCCGCGAAUCGCCUGGUUCCAACCAGAACAACGCGGACCCGCCAACAACCUGUGGAUGCAGAUUUGGGAGACGACGCAAGGGCUCGGUUACCUUCACGUCAACAACAGCUUCGGUAUUCUGAAAGCGAGCCUCAGCGCGGCGUCGGGAGCCGUCCUCCUGGCCGCGGGGACCGGGCCGCCCGAGUCGACCAUGACGAGUCCCACCGGGGACGGCGAGGUCUUGGAGAAGCGGGACUUUCUGCCAUUGGACACCGGCAACCGCAACCAGCGAGCGGCCCCGGCCAAUAACAGGGACCCGGCGGACGGGCACCCCAACAAGAGGAAACGGGACAACAAGGCGAGCACUUUCGGAUUCAACUCCAGCUUCCUAAACGGCGGCCCCGGGACGGAGGGCCGCGACGGCUACGCUGGCACGCCGUGGAAAAGCAGGAACUAUUCAGAGGGGAUCGUAGGGUUGCAUGAAGAGAUCAGAGACUUCUACGCCUACAUCUCGCCUCGGCCAGAGGAGGAGACGAUGAGGCUGGAGGUGGUGGACAGAAUUAAGGGCGUCAUUCACAACCUUUGGCCAAGCGCAGAGGUACAGGUGUUUGGAAGCUUCAGCACAGGCCUUUAUUUGCCAACAAGUGACAUUGACUUGGUGGUAUUCGGGAAGUGGGAAACGCUCCCGCUGUGGACACUGGAAGAGGCUCUCCGAAAGAGGAACGUGGCUGACAAGAACUCCAUCAAAGUUUUGGACAAAGCUACGGUGCCCAUCAUUAAACUGACAGAUUCCUUCACGGAAGUCAAGGUGGACAUCAGCUUCAAUGUGAAGAGUGGCAUCAAAGCGGCAUACCUUAUUAAGGAAUUUAAAGAGAAAUACCCUGUGCUGCCUUACCUGGUUCUGGUGCUGAAGCAGUUCCUCCUGCAGAGGGACCUCAACGAGGUUUUCACAGGUGGAAUAGGGUCAUAUAGCCUCUUCCUCAUGGCUGUCAGCUUCCUGCAGCUUCACUACAGGGAGGAUGUGUGCAGCCCCAACAUCAACUUCGGUGUGUUGCUCAUAGAGUUCUUUGAGCUCUACGGCCGCCAUUUUAACUACCUGAAAACGGGCAUCCGGAUAAAAGACGGUGGCUGCUAUGUGGCCAAAGACGAAGUUCAGAAGAACAUGAUGGACGGCUACAGGCCCUCCAUGCUCUACAUCGAGGACCCGUUGCAGCCAGACAAUGACGUCGGCCGCAGCUCUUACGGCGCUAUGCAGGUGAAGCAGGCGUUUGACUAUGCCUACGUGGUGCUCAGUCAUGCCGUGUCACCUAUCGCCAAAUACUACCCCAAUAAUGACACAGAGAGCAUACUCGGCCGAAUCAUCCGCGUGACUCAGGAGGUGGACGAGUACAGGGAGUGGAUCCGAAAGAACUGGGGAAGCAUGUCCCAGAAGGACUCGCCACUCAAUAGAAAUGAUGUGACGCUGUUCGAGUCCCAGCAGCUGGACCAAUGCAAUAACAACGUUCCAGAGGAGGACGACGAGGAUGACGACGAUGUGGUGGUGAUCCUGCCGACGAGGAGCAAAACCCUGUCGUCCAAUUCGUCGUCGCCGUCCGCUUCCCUACACUCGUCGCCGUCCUCGUCCCCUCUUUCGCCCUCCACCACGUCCUCCUGCUCCAGCGACGGGGACUCUGACGGCACGCCUUGUAAAACGGCCAAGCAGCAGUCGGGUCGAGCCACCAGCGCCCACAGAGAAAAGUCCACGGCGGUGAGCAAUCACCGGACGCAGAACCGAACGACCAGCACUCCAACUGGAGGCAACAAGGGGGGAAAGGCUCGCUCCCAGCAUAAAAACGGCCAGCAGAGCUCCCCCCGCUCCUCUGGAAACAGCAAAAAUCACCCGAGUAGCCGACCGCACCACCAGGGUAACGGCAAGAAGAGGAAAAACGUGCGAGAGACUGCACCGGAGGAGCUUUGCAGAUAAGGAAGUACCCUUGUUCUUGCCCUCUAAAUGACUCAAGAGGAGGAAAAAGAAUAGAAACUCGCAGUUUUUCAUCUGCAAGCCAGCACCACUAGCGCCUCCUGAUGUACAGGAGAGGAAUAUUCCCUUUUGGAGCAAUACGCCACGGACAUGCGUUGGUGGGGGGGAAAAAGUUUCUAUAAAAAGGAAAAAAAAAUAGUGGAAACGGAUACAAAUGUACAAAAAAAGUUGUUUUUUUAAACAAUUGACAGCAUUGAUGUGUAACUUAUGCAUGAUUCUUUUUGAUGGUUUUUUGUUAUGCCUAAAACAGUCAUAGGAAAGUUUCUAGGAAAAAUACACUAAAAAGACAAAAAUAAGCAAUUGUUUCAUAGGAUUAUCUUUUUACAAAGGACAAAAAAACACCCGCAUCUUUUUUUUUUUCACGCGGGUGUCUCGUUGCCAUGCCGACAUGACCAAUCAUCAUCAGCAUCCUACUUUUUACUGUCUGUUUGUCGCACGUGUCUGUAUACGACAGGGUUUCCCCAACUUUUUCCGCACAAAUUUGCUAAGAAAGCGAUAUAUUGCUGUACAUACACAAAUAAACUCGGCAUAAAAAAACAUGGACUAUCAAUAAAGCGGUGCCGUUGAAUCCCCCCGACUUUAGUUUUGGAAACCCUGCCUUAUAUGGUGGAGUUUACGUUGAAUUUCCAUGAUUUUAUCGAGAUAUCAACAUUUCAAAAGUGUCGAGAAUAAGGCAACAAAAUCAAGUGUAUUUGGCAAAUGUAUUUAUUUUUUUAUGAAUGAUAUGAACAUAAUAUAUGGAUAAAUACAGUAUAUACAAUAUUUGCCCUUUGAAGAGGUAUAUGUUUUGACGCGUUGUGGGGGAGGUUUAAUCAGGUAUAAUGACAACAGUUUUUUUUCUCCAUAAUAAUUGGCAGUUGUGUGACCAAGUAGACGAUUGUCAGAGACCAUUUUAGAAGUCAGUCAUAUGAGGAUUUUUUUUUCUUUGGUUGUAUAAUGUGGCUGGUCUAUUUAAAUGGGUAAAAAGGGAGAUUUUUUUUUUUGUGUAUGUGUGUGUGAUUCAAAGUAGAUUUUCUAAACACAGCACACAUUAAUUUAUUACAACAACGUUUGCCCUGAAAACGAGUUUGGAUGAUUAUUGAAAUAACUAAAAAUAGUCAUAAAAACGAAAAGUUCCAAACAUGAGAAACUUCCAAAUUAAGUUGUCCUCCAUCGUUGCAAUACAUGUUAAGUUCUCCAGGUGGCGUUCGUACCUCACUGUGAAAUUUCAACACUUGGCUUGAUUACUGCAUUUAGAUUUUCAAUUUAACAGAAUUUGUUCAUUAUUGUUAAUAAUUGGCAAUUGUAUAGUUAUUUUAGCAGUGAAUUUCAGCCAGCAAAUACUGUAUGAAUUUUCCUUUCAAGUAAGAAUAAAUCUUGGCAGCCAUUUUCAAUGCAAUACUAGGUUUAAAUGCAGUAUCUAAGCACUUGUGUUAUAUAAGGAUAUUGAUAACAUGAUAACCACAAUAGUAGUACAGGACUAUGUUGGGGGGUGGCAGGUGUCAAGGAAAGUUUAAGAGUUGGCUGUUUAAUAUGUGAAUGUCCCGCCGAGAACACAAACCUUCCUGGGCGUCAAGGAAGCUUCUCAACUGUAUUGACUGUUUCGUCUUUGCUGCUUUUCACCAAUUUCAUGCAAUAAAAAACAAAAACAAACAACAACAAACAAUAUUGUCAGCAAUG